GCCCAGCUGUCUGAGGCUUCCUGUGGGCGGGCAGAAGUGCCCCGGGCCAAACUAGUUCAAAUAACUUUGUUCCCUGACCUCCGCUUUCCCGUAGCUCCUCUGCUUUCCUGUAUUCACUUUUCCUGUAUUCACUCCUCUGCCCCCUCUCCCCGCCCGGAGAUGGGCAGUGGGUGAAGUUUGCUGCUGUAUCUCCGAGUGUCUGUCAGGAGUUCUCAGUUCCUCCUCCCUCUGAAUUUCCUCACCACAGGAAGCUGCUUUGCUAAGGGCCAGCUUACACUGACCUAUCAUGGCAUCCAACAAAUUUGUCAUUAAGUGUGGGAACUUUGCUGUCUUGGUGGAUGUUCAUAUUUUGCCUCAAGGCUCCAUUAAAGACACCAGCUGGUUUUCAGAUCAUGAGAAAGAGGAGGUCUGCAAGCUGCUAGAAGAAGUUGUUGCUUCAAGGGUCAAACACUACUUGGAGGCACCUAAGCAGCGUGGUCAGUGGAAGCCCACGGAACAGGGAUCAUCUGGGCCUUUGUUUCUUACUGCCAACAGUUUGCACAUUACUGCCUACUUUAUGAAGAGAUGGGUUAAUCUCCGUUGUGCUCUAGGGAAACGUUAUCGUGAGCUCCGUGUGUUUCCAGAGAAAUUUAUCGUUUGUGUCAGCAAACUUGACUUUGAUCCAAGUGCUUGGACAUGUGACAAUGGUGGAUUGAAAGAAGAACUUUCCAAUGGGACGUCUGAAUAUUUUACUGAAUCUGCUGAGAACAAGAAGCUUAAGAUUAGUCUGAGUGAACAAAUAAAGAGAGACAUCCUGAGAAAAAUUGUGAAGAGGACAAAACCAAGGAGAAGUAGUGCAAGCAAACCUCAAAUCAGCAAGGACUCCAAGAAAGUGUAUCUUGGCUGUGCAGACUCACAGACAGAGAACAGAGACUGUGAGACUUCUCUCAGUGCUCGGUCUGCUGUGAAACGUAGGAGCCCAGGCCUGCUGAAGGACUGCACAAACACAGCUGAGAGCAGCUUGGGACUUCCUGUGCUAGAGCAGAGAAAUGAUGUUCAUCAGAGAGAGCCAGGAGGGGUUCACAGCCAGCACAAACCUCACUCUCUGGAGUGGCCAGAGGCGAGUCUGCUAAGUGAGAGCCCUCCUUGCAGCUCUGAGUCAGUGCUGCCGGCUCCUAGACAGAGUCAGAGGGUGACCAGAGCACAGGCUCAGCUCGACGCCCCUGGUUCAGAGGAAAAGUUGGAGCAUUUCACAACAGUGUCCUCUGAAGAGACUCCUUUAACUUCUGUCAAUACAGAAAUGAGUAAGUGGGAUGAUCAUUGUUUGGGUCCAUUCCUGGAGGAGAAGACGCCUCUUAAUUCCAGGCUGUUUUCAAAGCAAGACGUGACAAAGACUGUGGUUGACAAGAAGUCAUUGACUUUGAGAAAAAACCCCUCUUGGUCUCUUUUUGUGAGCAGCAGUGGAGUGCAGACAAGCCAAAGUGAGCCAAGCACAGUCCCUGAAGAGCUGCCUGCAGUGCCAACACCAUGUCUAGAACUGCACCCCGUGUCUUCAGAGAAGCUUUCCCAAAAAAGAAAAAAAGAAGUGGAAAAUGGUCUCGGGAAGCUAAAACUGCGAAGGCUUAAGAAGUCAAAAUCUGAAAUACUGCCUUGAUAGCAUGAGUGGUCAGCCAAAGUUGUGCCUAAGCAAAGAGCAAGAAGCAAUUCAAAAUGAUGGAAAACAAUAAAAAUACAAAAUCAAAAUUAGAGAACACAUUAAGAAAAUUUAGUUAACUAAGGAUCUUAGUCAUUUGGCACUGUAAAGGUAAUCCUUUUAAGUCUUUAGGAAUUAGUCAUGAUUAUUGCACAAGUCAUCAUCGUAUUUAUAGAAAGAAAAAUCUCUUAUAAAAUAAUAUUUACUAAGCAAAAUUUUAGAUUUAUACAUAUUCAGUGCUAUUAAAAAGUCAUAUCAGCUGCUGACAGCAAAAGUUAAAACUCCUUGUGUGAUCUGUUAGCAGCUGCAGUUAUUUGGUCUCUUGCUUGUUUCUGAGCAUGUAGUUUAUUUCAGUAAAAAAUUAACUCUUUCUCUGUAUUAGAAAGUUCCUGGUUUACUAACAUGAUCUUUACAGCAAUAAAGCAAAUUAAGUUUAUUUCAAAUAACUCUUUAACCAGGAUUAUUAGCUGAUGAUUUGAGGCCCACUUCUUCAGAGAAGUUUCAAAAUAACUAUAGUUUCUGAUUGUGUCAUUUUGAUAUGAACAUUUAAUUCUAGCCCAUAUUGUGAAUACAAGUCAUCAUGCGUUCAGUCUUGGGGGAAAAUGAAGGUUUCCUUUAUAUAUUUAGAUUUAUGUAUUUACACCUGGAUGUGCAAACACUGUUCUUGGGUGAAGUUCAUGUAUAAACAUGUAUACACAUCUUCAUGGAUACAUGUUUCAAAAUCAGGCCUUGCUUGUGUGCAAGAGCAACACGCUGGUUUUCAUGUGGAAGUAAUGCCAGACUUAAAUCUUAUUUUAAGAUAAAUUUUAAUUUCACAGUGCUUGUUCGUACUGCUUCUUAAAUUUAAAUGCUAAUGAGCUAAGGAAAUGUGCCUUUUUUAUUUCAUGCUUAUCUUUUUUAAUGUGUAGAAUAAAUGUAUAAGCCGUUUUCUUUCCUCAUUCUCAAGCUCAGUGUGAGCACAGCCCCUGAGCCGGCAGUGCCCCGGCAGCCAGGAGGGCCAGCCAUGUCCUUGGCAUAGGCCCACCCUGCUCUGGCCUCGGGCUGGGGACAGCUGGGGGCACUGGAAUGUAAAGAAGAUACAAAGGUGCUUGAGAACAUCCCGAGGAGUGCACAGGGAUGCUGAAGGCCUUGAGGGGAAGCCCUGUGAGGAGCAGCACCGGGCUGUUCAGCCUGGAGCAGAGCAGACUGAGGGGAGACCUCACGGAGCUACAGCUUCCUGGUGAGGGGAGCAGGUGGUGACAGUGACAGCACCUGAGGGAAUGGCCUCAGGUUGUGUCAGGGCAGGUUUAGCUUGGACAUCAGGAAGAGGUUUUCCACCCAGAAGCUGGCUGGGCACCGAGCAGGCUCCCCUGAGAAGUGGUCACUGCGCCAAGGCCGGCAGAGCUCAGGAGGCGUUUGAACAACGCUCCCAUGCACAGGAGGGAUUGUUGGGGUGUCCUGUGCGGGGCCAGGAGCUGGGCUUUGAUGAUCCUUGGGAUCCAGCUCAGCAUAUUCUGUGCUCUCUGAUGUUGUGUGAAGUAAUUUAGAAAAAUCUCAGUGACAUUUACUUACGACUGUGGAUCUCUUCAUUGAGGUUAAGGAGAUGAUUCACAUCCAGGAGCAUUAGAAUUGGUGGUGUAACCCAGGUCCUGAUGAGAGUUAGCAGCUCUGCAGCUGACAGCAGGACACUGCUGAUUGUACAGCUUCCUCCUGCUGGAAGUGA